AUGGCUCUAAGGCCUGUCAGACAGAGCUCUAGCCAAUCGGAGGCGAUGUCACUGGGGUCAUCGGGGGUCAUGUGGUCGACACGCCUACUCUUCUUCUUCGCUCUCUUCACACCUGUCACCCUGGUUCUGAGUCGUGCUCCUAUCCCGAUGGCGGUGGUGAGAAGGGAGCUGUCAUGUGAGGGUUACCCCAUCGAGCUGCGUUGCCCGGGAACCGACGUCAUUAUGAUUGAGAGCGCUAACUACGGACGCACCGAUGACAAGAUCUGUGACUCGGAUCCUGCACAGAUGGAAAACACACGCUGUUACCUGCCUGACGCAUACAAGAUUAUGGGACUCAGGUGUAAUAACCGGACUCAGUGUGUGGUGGUGGCCGGGCCUGACGUCUUCCCUGAUCCGUGUCCCGGAACCUAUAAAUACCUAGAAGUCCAGUAUGAGUGUGUUCCUUAUAAAGUGGAACAGAAAGUGUUCCUGUGCCCAGGAAUCCUUAAGGGUGUGUAUCAGAGUGAACAUCUUUUUGAGUCAGAUCAUCAGUCUGGAGCUUGGUGUAAGGAUCCUUUACAGUCCUCCAAUAAGAUCUACUACAUGCCUUGGACCCCUUACCGUACAGACACUCUGACCGAGUACUCGUCCAAGGAGGAUUUCAUCGCUGGCCGGCCCACAACCACCUACAAACUACCGCACCGUGUAGAUGGCACAGGCUUUGUGGUAUAUGAUGGUGCGCUCUUCUUCAAUAAAGAACGAACGCGCAAUAUUGUAAAGUUCGACUUACGCACACGCAUCAAGAGCGGAGAAGCCAUUAUCGCCAACGCUAAUUACCACGAUACAUCUCCGUAUCGCUGGGGCGGGAAAUCGGACAUCGAUCUGGCAGUGGACGAGAACGGGCUUUGGGUUAUUUACGCCACCGAACAGAACAACGGGCGAAUCGUUAUCAGUCAACUCAAUCCCUACACUCUUCGUAUCGAGGGAUCAUGGGACACUACGUACGACAAACGUUCGGCCUCUAACGCUUUCAUGAUCUGCGGAAUCCUGUACGUGGUGAAAAGCGUUUACGAAGACGACGACAACGAAGCGUCGGGAAAUAAGAUCGAUUAUAUGUACAACACGGACAAGAGCAGAGAGACCCAUCUGAGUAUCCCUUUCCCAAACUCCUACCAGUACAUUGCAGCUGUAGACUACAACCCUCGAGACAAUCUCCUCUACGUCUGGAAUAACUAUCACGUUGUCAUAUACUCCCUGGAUUUUGGAAACAAUGACAACCGGCUUGGCUUUGAUCCACCCUCCUCUGCUCUCCUUCCAAACCCAGAUCAGCCUCCUCAAAGGGGUUCCACUUCUAGACCUCACCCCUACACGGGCACCAUGCGUGCCCCUUUCACCUCCACCCCCUCCCUCCGGGGUCGCACCACUACCACCAUCACCACCACCACGGCACAGCCCCGCGGGGCAGACAACCACCUCCCAGAACUCAUCACUCGAGCCCCACCCUCUCCCCAGCCCCCUGUCGUCAUGGACUACUGCGCUCCCCGCCUAACCGCCGAAAUCUCCUGGCCCAAAACGCACCAAGGGCACGUCGCCAAGCAACCCUGCCCCCCUGGCACCAUAGGUGUGGCAACAUUUACCUGUGUGGCCCAAAUGGGAUACUGGGAUCCAAAGGGUCCAGACCUGAGUAACUGCACCUCUCCAUGGAUCAACCAUAUCGUCCAGAGAAUGCGGUCAGGAGAAACUGCUGCAAUAGUCGCCCGCGAGUUAGCCGAACAGACCAAAGGCGAACUCCACCCGGGCGACGUCCCCUCCACAGUCAGGGCCAUGGCACAGCUGGUGGAGCUGCUGGAUGUCCAGCUCCGUAACCUCACCCCGGGAGGGAAGGAUACGGCCGCACGAAGCCUUAAUAAGCUUCAAAAGCGGGAAAGGUCAUGCCGAUUUUUCAUUCAGGCGAUGGUGGAUACAGUGAAUAAUUUGCUGCAGCCGCGUUCUCAGGCUGCCUGGAAAGAACUGUCCGUUGGUGAGCAGCUCCGUUCUGCCACCAUGCUGCUCGACACAGUGGAGGCAGGAGCUUUCAUGCUCGCCGACAACCUCCUUAAAACUGACACCAUACAGGAAAGCGCCGACAACAUCCAGUUGGAGGUGUCCCGUUUGAGUACUGAUGGUAACCUGGCCGACCUCACCUUCCCUCAGUCUGAUCUCCAUGGCAACGCCAUAAAGCUGUCAUCCAACACACUCAAACAGCAAGGCAGAAAUGGUGAAAUCAGGAUGGCGCUGGUUCUGUAUAGGAACCUGGGUCAGUACCUGUCCACGGAAAACGCCAGCGUGCGGUUGGGCAGUGAGGCCGUUUACCCAAACUACUCUCUUAUCGUCAACUCGCCUGUGGUCACCGCUGCCAUCAACAGAGACGCCAACAAAGUCUAUCUGUCCGAGCCUGUAGUCUUCACCGUCAAACACCUCCAGCAUUCGGAAGAGAACUUUAACCCAAAUUGCUCUUUCUGGAGUUACUCCAAACGGACCAUGACGGGGUUCUGGUCGACACAGGACUGCAGACUUCUCGGAACCAAUCGCACACACACUUCCUGCUCCUGCACACACCUCACCAACUUCGCCGUGCUGAUGGCACAUGUGGAGGUAAAGAAAGCGGAUCCUGUCCAUGACCUGCUGUUGGACGUGAUAACGUGGGUGGGGAUCCUGCUCUCUCUGGUCUGUCUCCUCAUCUGCAUCUUCACCUUCUGCUUUUUCCGCGGCCUCCAGAGCGACAGAAACACCAUCCACAAAAACCUGUGUAUCAGCCUCUUCAUCGCCGAGACUCUCUUCCUCCUGGGCAUCAACCGCGCAGAUCAACCUAUUGCCUGCGCUGUGUUUGCGGCCCUGCUACAUUUCUUCUUCCUGGCUGCUUUCACGUGGAUGUUUCUGGAAGGCGUGCAGCUGUACAUAAUGCUGGUGGAGGUGUUUGAGAGCGAAUAUUCCCGUACCAAAUACUUUUACCUCACCGGUUACGGUGUACCCGCUGUCAUAGUGGCCGUGUCCGCUGCCGUCGACUACCGAAGCUACGGCACUGAUAGAGUGUGCUGGCUUCGGUUGGAUACUUACUUUAUCUGGAGUUUUAUUGGUCCAGCCACACUAAUCAUUAUGCUGAAUGUGAUCUUCCUGGGCAUCGCUCUCUAUAAAAUGUUUCACCACACUGCCAUACUGAAACCUGACUCAGGCUGUCUGGACAACAUCAAGUCGUGGGUCAUCGGGGCUAUAGCUCUGUUAUGUUUGUUGGGACUGACCUGGGCGUUUGGCCUGAUGUACAUAAACGAGAGUACAGUCAUCAUGGCCUACCUCUUCACUAUCUUUAACUCUCUCCAGGGCAUGUUCAUCUUCAUCUUCCACUGCAUCCUGCAGAAGAAGGUGCGUAAGGAGUAUGGAAGGUGCUUACGUACUCAUUGCUGCAGCGGGAAAAGUGUGGAGUCGACUAUCUCUACUUCCACAAAGACCAGCACCGCACGCACGCCUGGACGCUACUCCACCAACUCACAGAGUCGAAUUCGCAGGAUGUGGAACGACACGGUGAGAAAGCAGUCAGAGUCUUCUUUCAUCACUGGAGAAAUGAACAGCUCAGCUACUCUCAAUAGAGGUACAAUGGCUAAUCACCUGAUCUCUAACGCUCUCCUGCGUCCCCAUGGCACUAACCCUUAUAACACACUGCUGGGUGACUCAGCCGUCUAUAACAACCCGUCUGCGAACAUGUUCAACACACAAGCCUCCUACAGAGAUUCAAAGGGCAUCCUGAACAACGCGCGGGAUACCAGCGUCAUGGAUACGCUGCCGCUCAACGGUAACCACGGCAACAGCUACGGGGUGGCCGCCGGGGACUAUCUUAGUUACAACUCCCACGCGGAAACCACCCUGGAAAAGAAGAUCCUCAAGGAACUGACAUCCAACUACAUCCCUUCCUAUCUAAACACCCACGAGCGCAACCUCAAUCCCAAACUCAACAACCUCGCCAAUGGGGGCGGAGCUGGACCCAUUGGGGGCGGAGCUACAGGGAAAGAUGACGUCAUGGUGCUGGAUAACCCGGGCGCUUAUCCCCACGAUGAUGGGGGCGGACUCAGCUUGGAGAUCAUCAGGGAGGAGUCGCAGGCGCCUCUUCUGCCUCCCAGGCCACCCCCUCCGGAAAGCCACGCCCCCAUGCACACUUUCUCCGCCCACCGCCGCCUCCCUCAGGAGACCAGCGAGAGCUUCUUUCCUUUGCUGACCAACGAGCAGCCUCCCGAACCGCCCUCGCACGCCCACGCCCACCCGCACGCGCACUCGCACACGCACUCGCACACGCACACGCGCACCCAUUCUCCGCACAGAGACUCCCUCUACACGAGCAUGCCGACUCUCACCGACCUGCCGCAUGGCGACAUCAUCAACGGCAUCCACGACGACGAAGACGACGGCGACGACGAGGAAGAGGACGAAGAGGGGAGCGAGCUGCAGCUGUCUAACGGUAAAGUCAGCGUAGCGGAAGCAGAGGAUGUGUACUACAAGAGCAUGCCUAACCUGGGUUCCCGAAACCACAUCCAGGACCUGCACAGCUAUUACCAGCUGGGCCGAGGGGGCAGCGACAGCUUCAUCGCCCCGCCCGAAAACCACGACUCCUCCCCCGAGGACCAACCACAAGACCCCGCCCAUCUGGUCACUAGCCUGUAG